AGUCCUGAUGGCAGCAGAACCACUGACUGAGCUGGAGGCCGCCAUUGAGACGGUGGUCACCACCUUCUUCACCUUUGCGGGGCAGGGGGGCCGGAAGGGUAGCCUCAGCAUCGAUGAGUUUAGGGAACUGGCCACUCAGCAGUUGCCUCACUUGCUCAAGGAUGUGGGCUCCUUAGAUGAGAAGAUGAAGAGCUUGGAUGUGAAUCAGGACUCCGAGCUCAAGUUCCAUGAAUACUGGAGACUGAUAGGGGAGCUGGCCAAGGAGAUCCGGAAGGAGAGGGCCCUGGAGAUCCAGAAGAAGUAAAGCCCUGACCAGGAUAGUGCUGGGCGGUGCUAGCCAGGCAGAACCCCACUCCCUCCAAAAAAAAGCCUCUUCCUUGAAACACAAAUGUUUCUUAUUCCCACCCUACCCCUCUUUCUUCUCUUGAGAGUAGACAGUGGAUAAGUUCUGCCCUGAACCAAGAGUGGGUCCAAAAAUUAUGAGCUCUUGGGGCGCCUGGUUUGGCUCAG